GCUAAGCUGAGCCUGAGAGAGAGACAGGAGGGAGAGGGAUAGAAACAGAAAUAGAGAUAAUCGGAGGGGCCCCGCGGUAAAAAAUAUCUGCGGCGAGGUCGAAGCCGGAGGAGGGGGGCGGGGCGGCCACAGCCAGCGUCGACGGGGAGCCGCCGAAUCGCGUGAUCCCCUUCAAACCCUAGCGAGGGAGCGGGCGAUUUGGAGCUGGGUGGCGGCGGCGGCGGCGGCGGAUGCUGUCGGUGCGGGGGCGGCAGGAGGAGGGGUUCCGUGUGAUGGGCCACGGCGACGUCGAGCUGGAGGAGGGGGAGGCCUUCCCCGACGACGACGGCGGCGGCGGCGCGCUCUGCCUCGAUCCCGAAGUCGCCUUCUCCUACAUCGAUGAAAAGAUUCAACAUGUUCUUGGACAUUUUCAGAAAGACUUUGAAGGAGGAGUAUCCGCAGAUAACCUAGGAUCAAAAUACGGUGGAUAUGGUUCGUUUUUGCCCACAUACCAGCGCUCACCUCCACCUUUGCCUCAAAGCAGAAGCCCACCCAAGGUUGCAAACGUUGGCACUUCAAGAUCACCUUAUCAACAAUCUGCUGAGAGCAUGGGUCAAUACCCUUCAACUGUGGCAAAUGAAUCUAUCUCCCGAAAUAAUGGUUCCACUGCACCGUCAUCUGGUGAUUUAUGUAAAAGAGAAAUAUGCUCAAGCACAAACGGUGAGAAGGACUCUGUUGCUUGUUCUGAUUCCUUGGACAGCUCAUUUAAUGGUAGUGACCAGAAGACACUCAAAGUUCGGAUCAAAGUUGGUUCCACUAAUACUUUGGCAAGAAAGAAUGCAUCUAUCUACAGUGGCCUGGGCCUUGAUAUUUCUUCUUCUUCAUCCAUGGAAGGAAGUCCUGAUGGUCAUGAGGGUCAAUCUCCAGUGUGUAGUAAUGUGCCAUAUGAAUCUCCUCGGACCAUCCUGCAGAUCAUGACGUACUUUUCAGUUCCUGGAGGAUUCUUGCUGUCACCUCUGCAUGGAAACAUUCUGAAAUUGACGAAUAAGGUCACCCCAUUGGUUAACAAAUGGGAAACUAAUCUGGACUUAAAAAAUGUACCUAGAGCAGUUGAUGGCCAUUCAGAACUUUCUCUUUCGUCUGGGCAUGUCAAAGCCCAUGUGGCUAAGAAAAUGAAGCCUGAUGGCAAGAAAAAGAAGUCCAUAGAUACAAAGACUAGAAAAGAUGCAAAUAAUACUAGUGCAAUAUUGGGCAAGGAGGCUAAUGUAGAAAUACCUGGCAGCCGAGUGAUUUUAUCAGACACACAUGAUAUAACCUGUUCUUCUGGCGCCCCAACCACAGAGUUAAAAGGUGUAAGUCAAUUCACAGAAGAAUCAACUAAAGAUGCUCGACCGAAACAACAGAUGGGCUGCAAUGACCUGGGAACAGUUAAAAGCGAAGCAGUCAAAACAGAAGUAACAAAGCAUAUAGAAGAAAACAGUAGUUUUGACAGUUCAGGAAAUGGUUGUUUAGCACCACGGGGGAAAGUAAAACUUAAGGCGAGUAAAGUGGACAGGACUUCAGAAGACAUGAAUAUAAGUAGUCACAAAUUUUCUCCGUAUGAUAGGAAGAAAGAAAGCAAAGUAAAACCUAUGAGAACAUUUGAGCCUGCCAUGGAUGAUUUUGAAGGCAAUGUGGACAAGGACUGGGGUGCUGGGUCAUCAGAUGAUUUGAAGACAAUUCAUGGUAAAGAAACCUUUGCCAGUGAGAGAACUGUGGAAGAUAACUCUAGAACGGAGGUCAAACGAAUGCAGAAGGAACACAAAGCUAAUUUUGUAGCACCAUCUAGUUUCUUAGAGGAUGGUAAUUUUACCCAUUCUUCUGUACUAGUUAAUGAUGGGGCAACUGAUUCUCAUUUGAAGUCUAAUCAUUUUGAAAAUAAAUCGAAAGAAAAAUCUCAUAAAGACCUUAGUGAAAAUCUGCCUAAGAGAUCUAUAGGAAACAAGGAAGGGGCUUCAUUGGAGAGUGUAAGUGUUCAGGGUCAACGGAAAGAGAAGAUGAUGAACAGUGAUAAUGAGAAGGAACUUCAUAUAACUGGGCCAGCAAAAAAGGAGAUCCCUUCCAGUGUAAAGCAUGGCACAUUUCCAGGUUCAGAGGAACAGCAGUUGCAUAUGCCGUCAAAUGGCGGGAUUAUACCUGGACCUGCAAAUGCAGCUUCUCUUCCUGCACCUGUUUUGAUAGAGGAUAAUUGGGUAUGCUGUGACAUGUGUCAUAAAUGGCGUCUCCUCCCCUACGGGACAAACACUUCCAUGCUUCCAAAAAAGUGGAUAUGCAGCAUGCUUGACUGGCUACCUGGGAUGAACAAAUGCGACAUUAGUGAGGAUGAAACAACAAAUGCUCUAAAUGCACUUUAUGUCACUCAAAUCCCUGCCGCUGGUGUUUCUUCAGGUGGCCCUCACACUGCGCAUGCAAGUGUAGCAGCAUCUAGCACCUACAAUAUAAGUGGACAACUGGGACAGAGUAGGAAAAGGAAAAAUGCUCUGAAAGACGAAAACUGUUACGAGCAUGAUCAACAAGCCCCUGCAAAAAUGACUCUCACGAGCAAUCAACAAGCCCCUGCAAAAAAUAGAGAAGUUGUUGAUAGUGAACAUUAUACUAAUGACAGAGAUCCUGUAAGCACACAUGAUCUGGUGCCACAGAGCAAAUCAGCUUCUGAAAGGCAUAAGUCUAAGCACAAGAGUCGCAGUAGCCACUCAGAUGGAGGAGAUCUUACAGAAAAAUCGAAGAAGCAUUCAAAAUCAAAAAACAGGAGAGGAAUUGAUCGAGAUGAGCACAAAACAUCUAAGAAGACAAAAAAAGAGGAUCGACAUUACUUUAACAAAGAUUGGAAAAAUGAAUACGAUUUAGCUGGCAACAAAGUUCGUGAUGAAACCAAAGCUUUAUCUGCAAAAGCAAAAAUGUCAAAGGACUCAUGUGAACAAGAUGAGUUUUCUUUACGCAAGGAAAAAGCUUCAAGGUUUGAUAUUUUGGAAAAAACAAAGAGAAUUAAUGAUGAUGAUGUGGCCUUUCAUGAGAAGAUGAAAGAACAUCGUGCAGGCAUAGAAACAUUAGAUUUGUCUGGCAAAAAGAAGACAGUGAAGGAAUGGGAGGAUAACCGGCUCAGUUCAAUGGACCACACAAGCAAAGGGGGCGAUAAUGAGAAUUUGAACGAGAGAUUAUCAAAGAUAAAGAAGUCCGAAGCUAGGCCUGAAGAAGUUCAGGAUGCAAAUGCAUUAUUUUCUUCUGCUGGAAGGCGUCAAGAUAAUGAGCUAGUUGCUGACAACAAAUUUGUUACUUGUAAAGAAGGUCCAUCAGAACUAUGGGAUAAUCAACCUCCCAGACAGGUCUUGAACUUGGCGGAACCCACUAGGAGGGAUGUUGCCUGUCUUCAGUCUUCUACGGUUGCAACUUCAAGCUCUUCAAAGGUCUCAAGCUCUCGGAGAAACAAAAAUUCUCGAGAAGCAAAGGGCUCUCCCGUUGAAUCAGUAUCUUCAUCACCACUGAAAAAUUCAAACACUGAUAAGAUUUCUAAGGCCAGGAAAACUGGAAAAGAUGGAGAAUUGAAUGCUGAUUCAAGCAUCUUGCAUACCCCAAUGAAAUAUCCAACCCACGAAGUUGGUUUACUACAUACUGGGCAGCAAGCUGUGGGUGAAGCCAUUCUGCGUGGUUCUACAAAUAACUCCGGUAUGGGGAGAGUAGAUAAUCAAUUGUACCCUGGUGAUAAAAAGAUCUUGGAUAUGCAUGGCCCUACACUACAACCUGAUCAGCAGGAUUGUUUUAACCCGAGGGCUACAGCUGAUUCCACUGGACAUAAAAGUAAAAAUAGUGCUCCUUCACGCCAAGGUAGAAAUGGAUCCAGUAACUUGAUUUCAGAGGGAAAUAAGCAGAUAGAGAUGUCAUCCAGAAAAGAGAAAUUACGUCCUAGUAUUGAUAAUCAAGAUAUGCAAAAGUCUAUUGGUCAAGAUAAUCAUUCUCAUAUGAAAGAAGGCAAAUCAGAGGUUCACACCACUAGAGUAAAACCAGGUGCUUCAAAAAACCACACACAAUUAAGGUCCAAUGUUGAAAAUGGAGAUUCUGCGAGUCCAAUUAGGAGGGAUGGUAAUAUGAUUGCAUUUGCACUCAAGGAAGCUCGGGAUCUAAAACACAAGGCUAAUCAUUUGAAGGAAAAAGGACUUGAACUUGAAAGUAUGGGCCUGUACUUUGAAGCGGCUUUGAAGUUUCUGCAUGUUGCAUCUCUUUGGGAAACUCCUAAUCUGGACAAUUCGAGAUCAGGCGAUGUUGCUCAGUCAAUGAAGAUGUAUUCUGAAACUGCAAAACUCUGCAGCUUUUGUGCUCAUGCCUAUGAACGAUGCAAUAAAAUGGCUUCUGCCGCUUUAGCAUAUAAAUGUGUAGAAGUGGCUUACCUCAAAGCAGCGUAUUACAAACACCCUAGUGCAAGCAAGGAUCGACAAGAACUACAGUCGGUUGUACAGAUAGCUCCAGGUGAAUCUCCAUCAUCGUCUGCCUCAGAUAUCGAUAAUUUAAAUAGCCAUGGAUUGUCAAAGGCCCUUUCAACCAAGGGUGGAAACUCACCCCAAGUGGCUGGCAACCAUUUGCCACUGGCCGUUCGUAACCAAGCACACUUAUUGAGGUUACUUGCCUAUACAAAUGAUGUCAAUUGUGCAUUCGAUGCAACUCGGAAAUCACAGGUUGCUAUUGCUUCUGCUGCUAGCAGUCAGGAAAGGGGAAAAACUGUGGACGAUGGUCUUGCUUCAGUAAGAACAGUUUUAGAUUUUAACUUCAACAAUGUCAAUGAGCUACUGAGACUUGUCCGGCUUUCUAUGGAGUUAAUCAACACCUGAUAUGUUCAGAAUUGCAUGAAAUGGCACCCCAUGAAUAGCUAUUGUUGGAAUGCCUGGCUGCAGUUACCUCAGCAUAUUUACACGGUGCAAAAGAGAUGGGUCUACUAAGUCUGCGUGAGCUCCAUAGGAACUGGGACCGGCUUGCCUGGUUUAUGUACAUUUAGAGGCAUCCAGCGCUUUUUCAUACAAAUAGGAUCACCACUUCGGAUUAAUCUUAUACGUUUUGGAGGCAUUCAGUGUUUUUUUUUUUUUUUGGGUACAGUUUGGAGCAUCUUCGAUUAACCUGUUCCUUUUGGAAGCAUAUUGUACAGUUUAGAGCAUCUUCUUGGCAGUUGGUACGCAAUUACUGUGUGAACGGAUCCAGCUGAGGUAGAACCGGAUUUUCAUGCGUGAUGGUUUGAACUCUGGCAACCAUUCUGCUGUAGGUAGGCAAAUGUGUUUUAUCGGGAACAUAUGGGCUCCAUAUCAAGCAUUCCCCUGCCAUGGUUCUAUAGAUUAGGUGAAUCUUUGACUGACGCUUACUUAUACUAACUUCGAAGCAGCAUAAUACCUUUUAUUGGUGUUACUGUGGGGCACUGAUGAUGUGCCAGCACUCAAGAACAAUUUUGUAAUUGGUAAUUGUCUUGAGCAGGGGGGAUGAGAGAAAUGAGCUGUGCUAACCAAGAUAAGUAUUCUCCGUCUCCUCAAGCAGGUCUUACGAAAUGGAACGGUUUGGAAGCAUGGUGGGCAAUGAAUUCUAUAACCCUGUAAAUCUCAUGUACAGUAGAGAUUAACCUGUUUGUUCAUUACAGUAAACAGAACCAGCACCUGCGCAUUGUCAUUUACCCGAAACCAAAGAGAUUUUUUCCACGUGUUUCUCUGCAAAACAAAGCCAUAAACCUGUAGAUAUUAUUUGCUUGCAAUUUUUGUCAGCUCCUAAACAUAGUUUAUGGAUUAUGAUAUGUAAGGAUUAGGCUGAGUACGCUUUGCCGCGUAAAUAUUUUACGCACUAAUUAUGUGCCCGAUCAAAUGAGUAUAAUCAUUAUCCGAAA